AUGGAAUCUCGUAAGGGGCAAAGUUCAACUGGGUCUGGAGCUUCUCAAAAUUCACGGGGUACAUUGAAAUGCGAGUGUGGUAAUGAUUCGGUUGUGCGGACUGUUAAACAUGGCCCUAACAUUGGAAUGAAGUUCCAUGGAUGCCCUUUAUGGCCACGUACCACAUGUCAAUUUUUCAGAUGGAUUCUUCCUGAAAAUAAUCAAAUUGAAGAGCUACAAUGUACAAUUUCGGAGAAGGAUUAUGUCAUAGCAAAGUUGGAGGUCGAGCAACGUUUGAUGGCAGAGAAAAUCAAAAAAUUGCAGGUGAAGAAAGAUAGCCUUGAGGAAGAGAAUCAGGAAAUUAAAAUCGAGUUUCGCCACACACGCAUUGAACUUAUGAACACCUCUAGAAAUGAGAAGAAUUUCUCCAUGGCUCUGUUAUGCUCUUGGGUGUUUUUUUGCAUCAUAAUUAUGUAUUUGAAGUAG